GGGGGUUUGAGGCGACCUGAAGGAUCUGGUCUGGACCUGCGGAGUCCCCUCGGUCUUGCUGCCACGAGGGCAGCGAAGAUGGUUUUUAAUUUGCUUGAUGCGGAGCGGGAUGCUCUGGAGGCACAGCGCCACCUCGCCGAAGUGGUUGAACGAGACAGCACCCGUGAGACAAGGGUGUUGCUGCUGGAAAAUGACUUGGCCAAUGCUAGGGCCAAGUUGGAAAAUGCGGCGAACCUCCAGGAGGACCUUCGGCAGGAGGUUGCCCGUCGAGAGGUAGCGGAGUCACUUGCCCGAGAAGCGGCGGCGGAGAGGGAUGCGGCGCAGUCUGCCCUUGCGGAUGCAGAGGAGCUUGUUAGGAGGAUGAGCGAGGAGGCAGAAGCUGAGAAGGCCCGCGUAGCAGAGGAGGCUGCGUCUAGCGCCGUGACUGCCUUCAAAUCAUCUAUGGAGAUGACUAAGUACUUGGAAGGGUACUAUGUCACGGCUGUGGGUGACAUGAUAGCGCAGUUCCAGGAGCUGGAGAUGCUGGAUCCUGCGGACUACGAGGUCCGUCUGUCGGAGAAGGGUUUGGAACCGCCGCCCAUGCCACAUGAAGUGACUCCGCCCUUUUCGCAGCCUACUUCUACUGCGGAGGCUGAAGAGCAUCAGGAUGCACAACCGCCGCAAGGCGAAUCGGGGGAAGCGGCGGGGCUAGAAGCUGCGAGUACCGACGAUGCGGUCUGAGCAAUGCUGGCGUACUAAGUUGCGGGGGAGGAGUAGGAUAGGG